AUGGACUAUAUCAAUGCCCAUUGGGGGUUGGCGUCAUUGAUCGCCGUUGCUGUGUGGGUAGUUUUUACUAUCAGAUAUCAAAUAAUUACUAUCGUCAUCUCCAACGUGGUACAUCCCAUCAGGAACUUCCAAGGGCAAGCUAUCCAAGGCCCGCAGUGGCAGUCCCUCGAUGGUCAGUGUCUUGAUAAAUUUCUCAACGGGAGGGAAGUCAGUCAAGCAUGGAGGAAGCAUGGCUCUGUCUAUCGAAUUUGGUCAGGACUCACUCCAGAGGUUGUUUUGACAACACCCGAGGAUCUCAAGCAUUUUCACUCGGACUCUGCACUUCACAAAAAGUCACCUUCCAGCAACGGAGGGUGGUUUUUCCAUCAACUGUUGGGCGACUGCAUGGGCCUGAUAAACGACCAUCAUUGGCAGGCGAUCAGAGGACAAUUCAACGGCGCUUUUACCCAUCUUUCUAUUACCAGAUCAUGGAGCUUUCUUCUGAGUUCCACCAAGAGCUAUCUCCAGCAUUUUGCAGCCGACGUCGUGGAGCUACAACCUGUCACUCACUUCGCCUCGUUCCCUUUUUUCGCCACUGCAGAGUAUCUAUACGGACCGUUGACUCAAUCUGAGAGAGAUGAGCUCUGGGGUCUGGGACAGCGAAAUCUUGCUCUCAUGGGGUGUGUUUUGAUGGGCGGGGUAUAUCGAUCCCAGAUGUGCCGUUGGCGCAAGCCAGAAGACUACCGGCGACUCAAAACAUUCGAGGAUGACUGGGUCAAUUUUAACGAAACAAUUGUGGAAGCGAGAAAAGAUAUUGAUGGCCCUCUAUCUCCGGUGGUAGAGGGAUGGAAGGCUGUGGAUAAUGGCACAGUGACGAGAAAAGAGAUGAUCCAAACAAUAAGCGAGAUGCUUUUCGCAAAUCUCGACGUUUCGACGAAUGUCUUGAGUUGGUUGAUCACAUUCAUCGCGAAAGAUGCAAGUGUGCAGCACCAGCUCCGACAAGAGUUAAAAGAGCACGCCGGCUCCGUCGACGAGCUGUGCAGAAAGAAGGACUCAUUAUUGCAUUUGUGUUUUCUGGAGUCCAUCAGACUUCGACCAUUUACCGUGUUUACAAUUCCGGAAUAUUCGCCCAAUACGAAAGUCGUCGGCGGAUACACGAUCCCCGCAAAGCUACGAUACAAUCUGUUUACAUUUGGGUUUGGCUCGCGGAAGUGUCUUGGAAAGCACUUCGCGGAAGCAAUGAUGAAGGUGUUUAUUUGCGAACUCAUUUCUCAGUACGAGAUUCGAGUCAUUGAUAAGGGCCAGCUUAAUUUGACCACAGAGAAGCAAGCUACAUGGGUGCCCGUCUCAGAUAUCAAGAUACGAUUUGUUCCCGUUGGCUCCGUUAGCCAGGGGUAA